AUGCCCCAGGAGCCUCCCCAGAUCCCUCUCGACGAGUUCGAUGGCUUCAAGACCAAGUUCACCGAGGUCUCGGUCAACGCUCUCGGAGGAGAUGUCAUUGCUUGCAGCGACGACUUCUUCCCCGCUGUCUACAUGAGGGGAAGCUUCGGCCCCAACGGAGCCCUCUACGACGGAUGGGAGACCCGCCGCCACAACCCCAGCUACGACUGGGUCAUCAUCAAGCUUGGCCCCAAGGCCUCGCACCUCGACUACUGCGACAUUGACACCGCCUGGUUCAAGGGCAACGAGUGCCCGCAGUCCCGCGUUUACGGUCUCCUCCUCUCUGACAAGGAGUUUGCCGACCCGAAGCUCAAGGUCAAGGCCAACGACGAGCGAUGGGAGGAGCUCCUCUCCACCGUCACCCUCGGCCCCGACUCGCGCCACAUCUUCAAGCUUAACGACCGCGCCCAGGAGGGCCAGUGGAACUGCCUCAAGGUCCUCAUGAUCCCCGACGGAGGCAUGGGCCGUUUCCGCGCCUACGGCCGCCCUCUUCCCCCCAAGCCUCUCCCCUCGUUCCCCUCUGCCGACGUCGAGCCCAUCAACCUCCUUUCCCCCCUCAUUGGUGGCCACGUCGUCACCUGCUCCGACGCCAACUUCUCGCCUCCCGUCAACCUCCUCCGCUCUGGACGUGGUAUCGACAUGUCUGACGGCUGGGAGACUCGCCGUUCGCAGAUCGGCCGUGGCAAGUACGCCCCCGGCGCCCCCCUCGAGGGCCAGGAGCGCAAGGAGUGGGUCAUUGGCAAGCUUGGCUCGUCGGGCAACAUCCAGUACGUCGAGGUUGACACUGCGUUCCACCCCGGAAACUACCCCGUCGCUACCCAGAUCGAGGCUACCUACCACGAUGGCGAGGAGGUCCCCGCCGACGCCAAGUGGGACGUUGUCGUGAAGAAGACCCCCUGCGGCUCGCACCGCCAGCACUGGCUCGCCGUUGAGCGCGGCCUCGAGAACAACAUCUACUCGCACAUCCGCUGCUCCAUCUACCCCGACGGUGGCUUCAAGCGUCUCCGCAUCUACGGCCACCCCCUCGCCCCCGGCACCAAGGCCGCCGCCCCUGACCCCGUCAUCGCCCUCCCCCUCACCUACGAGCAGUUCAAGCCCUACGGCUCGGUCAUCCAGGGCUUCUCCCUCCCGACCUCGUCCCCCAAGGGCGUCCCCGUCACGACUGCCAACCAGGGCACUGCCUCCAAGUUCCACCGCCUCUCCGUCCUCCCCGAGACUGAGGCCACGAUCUCGGUUCAGAAGGCUGACAACAAGAAGGUUGCCGGUUCUGCCAAGGUCCCCACCCUCCAGAAGGCCACGGCCCCCUUCAGCGUCAUCCCCCUCCCGACCGCCGACAUUCAGUCGUACAACCUCCUCGUCGCCCAGUCUGGCUCGGACGGCAAGCUCGACGCCUCGACUCUAAAGGCCUUUGUUGCCACCGCCGGCCAGGGCGUCACCUUUGCCGAGGGCACCUGGUACGCUCCCCUGAACUGCGGUGACUUUGUCUCUGUCGGCCCCUCUGCCGGUGUCCAGGCCGGCGAGACCGUCGAGGCCAAUGUCGACGUCUACGUCCCCGAGUACCCCCAGGCCGCUGCCGAGGACGCGCUCAAGGUCCCCACCCAGACUGCGCAGCUGAACGGCCACGUCGCGAACGGUGUCGCCAACGGCGCCUCGGGCAAGCCCAUCCAGCCCGUCCCCAUCACGGAGAAGAACUGGGCCAAGUACGGCUCGCUCAUCGCCCCUGGUGCCCAGCCCGCCGAGCUCACCAACUCGUACCCCGCCGACAAGGGCGCCAAGACUGCCAUUGGCGUCUUCCGCGCCACGCCCAAGGUCGGCCUUGUCCGCGGCCAGAGCUUCGACAUCAAGCUCCUCGAGCGCCACCCGCACACCUCGCAGGCCUUCGUCCCCAUGGGCAAGGGCGCGCUCGCCGACAAGGGCGAGGAGGCCCUCGCCCCCGGCGGCACCUUCCUCGCCGUUGUCGCCCAGGCCGGCUCUGACGGCAACCCCGACCCCGCCACCGUCGAGGCCUUCCUCGUCCCCGCUGGCCAGGGCCUCAUCUACAACCAGGGCGUCUGGCACCACCCCGUCCUCAUGCUCGACGCCACGGUCGACCUCGCCUGCAUCGAGACCCAGAUCUGCAACGGCAAGGACGAGGCUGACCCCUCGGACUGCGAGCUCCUCGAGUUCUCCCACCCCAUCGCCGUCGUCGACGUCCCCGCUAAGUAA